AUGGAGUCCCGAAUUGAACUGUCUGCCAUGCACCAGCUUUCUGAGGCAAGGGAUGAAGACGACAACUGGACUGGGUUAAAGGACAGGGAAGCCAGACGCAAAAGGCAAUAUCGUCUGAAUUCUCGAUCAUACAGAAAGAGGAAACUCCUGCAAGACAAGUCCUCCCAGCAAGCUGUUCAAAUCGGACCUCACCAUCCCCCAUUUCCUUCGGCAGCCGAGCAGACUCAUAUUUAUGAGAGUCUUGGGGCUGCAUGGCAAUGCAUUCAUCGCUCGCGCCACGCUUCUCGUAGCUCUUUAGAAUGCAUGAUUGCCACUUCUCCUUCAUUUGCGCCAUUUCGCCUAGACGGGAGUACAGUGUUCCCACUAUCUUCUGACCAUCUCAUUCCCCUCGUGCAAUUCAAUGCUUUUCGCGGCACCUUGACAAAUAUGACGAUUCUAUCAGUAACGCAUCUCAUCCCUCCCGAGUGCGACAUCACCGAAGCUCUGCACUCGACGCCUCUCUUCACUCCGCCCCCGGCACCGCCACCUUCACUGAUGCCAACGGCGCUUCAGCAAUCUGUGCCACACGACACGUGGGUCGAUCUUCUUCCUGACGCGACCAUGCGUGAUAACGCCAUUCGUACCAUGCACUUGUUUCACGCAGAAGACAUAUGUGGCGACAUGUUGGGGAAUCCUCAACAAGAAAGAAACACGAUUGAGAUGAACGGAGUAUUGGUCUGGGGAAAUCCGUGGGAUGCUAGUGGCUGGGAGAUGACUGAGGGUUUCUUGAAGAAAUGGGGGUUUUUGCUCAAAGGCUGCUGGGAGGCCAUGGCAGCGACAAACCAUUGGAGGGCGCAAAGGGGGGAUGAGCCGCUUGUUUUUGAUGUUUCAUAA